ACGAUGAGCAUUUCGUGGAAGAUGGACCUGGUAAGCGUAUAAAUCUGCGGAUCAUCUCCGGUCUUGAGAAACUGCUACCUCUGAAUCAAAAUAUAAGACUUUUUUUAGAUUAAACUAGUUUUAAGAGAACAUUUUGUAUUUUGAUACCGAGGAGUACUAAAUUACCGGAGAUUUGGAGCGUCACCCGAGAUUUGCUCUGAACCUGGAUGUAAUAUAAGCAUGGGCAGGAAGCUUCCGCUGUGACCUGCGUUGGCCUCUGGUUUGUUCACUGCCGCCUACAUACAAUAACGUGCCGUAGUGCCGUUCAGUCCCAUCGGCCACUAAGCACAUCAGUCAGCACCGCAGAACGGCGAUGGGGACAGAGAAGCACGCAAUGGGCUCUGUGGCCGUCGUGGCGGUGCCGUUCCCGGCGCAGGGCCACCUCAACCAGCUGCUGCACCUGUCGCUGCAGCUCGCGUCGCGAGGCCUGGACGUGCACUACGCCGCGCCCGCGCAGCACAUCCGGCAGGCGCGCGCGCGCGUGCACGGCUGGGCCGACGAGGCGCUCCGGUCCGUCCAGUUCCACGACCUCGGCAUCGCCGGCUACGUCUCCCCGCCUCCGGACCCCGCCGCCGACUCGCCCUUCCCCUCCCACCUCAUUCCCAUGUUCAACGCCUACAUCGCCGGCGCGCGCGCUCCGCUCGCGGCCCUCCUCGACAAGCUCUCCGGCUCCUGCCGCCGCGUAGUCGUGGUGCACGACCGCAUCAACGCCUUCGCCUCCGAGGAGGCGGCGCGGCUGCCCAACGGCGAGGCGUUCGGGCUGCACUGCCUGGCCUUGUCGAUGCUUCUUGGAAGGAUGGACGCCAGCCACCGGCUGCUGCGUGACAACGGCCUGGUCUUCACCCCCGUCGAGCACUGCGCGACCAAGGAGUUCCUCGAGUGCGCCAACCGGGCCAGGCCGUCGAAAGAGAUCUCGCCUGGCGCCGGCAUCCUGGCGAACACAUGCCGCGCUCUCGAGGGUGAUUUCAUCGACGCUGUCGCUGGCCACCUGGCCGCCGACGGCAAGAAGCUCUUCGCCGUCGGGCCGUUAAACCCGCUGCUCCACGCCAGCGCGUCGGGGCAGGGCAAGCAGCGGCACGAGUGCCUGAACUGGCUCGACAAGCAGCCCCCGGCGUCGGUGCUAUACGUGUCCUUCGGCACCACGUCGUCUCUGCGCGACGAGCAAAUCGAGGAGCUCGCAGCAGCGCUCCGCGGCAGCAGACAACGGUUCAUCUGGGUGCUGCGCGACGCCGACCGCGGCGACAUAUUCGCGGAGGCCGGCGAGAGCCGCCACGAGAAGAUGCUGCCAGAGUUCACCAAGGACACCCAAGGGACGGGGCUGGUGAUCACCGGGUGGGCGCCGCAGCUGGAGAUCCUGGCGCACAGCGCCACGGCGGCGUUCAUGAGUCACUGCGGCUGGAACUCGACCAUGGAGAGCCUGAGCCACGGCCAGCCGAUUCUCGCCUGGCCCAUGCACUGCGACCAGCCGUGGGACGCGGAGCUUGUCUGCAACUACCUCAAGGCCGGCAUCCUGGUGCGUCCAUGGGAGAAGCACAGUGAGGUGAUCACGGCGAAGGCCAUCCAGGAAGUAAUCGAGGAGGCCAUGCUCUCUGACAAAGGAAUGGCCGUGCGGCAAGGGGCGAGAGUGAUCGGGGAUGCCGUCCGCGCUUCCAUGGAGGACGGCGGUUCGUCGCGCAAGGACCUAGAUGAUUUCACUGCUUACAUCACAAGGUGAUCGACAAAAUGCCGUGAUGCCGAGUACCAUGUGGGACGAGCCCUUUGAUGCUGAUUCAGUUCAGCCAGUGUAUUUUAUUUUACUUUUUGCGGGGGAGCCAGUGUAUUUAAAGCUAGAUUUUUCACUGCAAAAACACUAGAUUAUGC